AUGCAAUACAGAUUGUCCUCUGCUGCCCUCUUGGGAGCCUUUGCUGUCAACUCGGUCGCUGCCGCCUACAUUCCAACCGAGCCAUGGUCCACCUUGACUCCUAGUGCCACUUUGGUUGGUGGAACCACUGACUGGACCUCCACUUUCGGAAUCGCUGUCCAGUCUGUCACCAGCUUGGCUAAGAGAGAAGUCACCCAGAUCGGUGACGGUCAAGUUCAGGCCGCUACCACCACCAAGUCCGCUAAGAAGACCGCUGCCGUCGUGACCCAGAUCAGCGAUGGACAGGUUCAGGCCACCACCAAGACCAAGUCUGCUAAGAAGUCCACUAAGACUACUGCUGCUGUUGUGACACAGAUCAGUGAUGGACAGGUUCAAGCCACCACCAAGACAACCUCCGCUAAAAAGACCUCGAAGACUUCCGCUGCCGUUGUGACCCAAAUUGGUGACGGUCAGAUCCAAGCUGACACCACCACCAAGUCCGCUAAGAAGUCCUCUACCAAGACUGCUGCUGCCGUUGUGACCCAAAUUGGUGACGGUCAGAUCCAAGCUGACACCACCACCAAGACCGCUGCCGUCGUUACCCAGAUCGGUGACGGUCAGGUCCAAGCUGACACCACCACCAAGACCGCUGCCGUGGCUACUCAAAUCGGUGAUGGACAAGUUCAAGCUUCCACUGCCACUUCUACCGACGCUGCCGUUACCCAGAUCGGUGACGGACAGAUCCAGGCCUCCACCACCACUACUGGCACUGCUGCUGCCGAAGCCACUGACGGUCAAACCACCUCAGACGACUCCGAGUCCACUGUUUCUGUUGCCUGCAAGUCUGACGAUGCCCUCUCUUUGGUGCUCAACGGAGGUAUCUUGACCGAUGCCAAGGGAAGAAUUGGUUCCAUUGUCGCCAACAGACAGUUCCAGUUUGAUGGUCCACCUCCUCAGGCUGGUGCCAUCUACGCUGCCGGAUGGUCUGUCAGUGAGGAUGGUUACUUGGCCAUUGGUAACAACACCGUCUUCUACCAGUGUCUUUCCGGUACCUUCUACAACCUGUACGACGAGUCCAUCGGAGACCAGUGUCACGAGGUUGAGUUGCAAGUUGUUGACCUUGUCUCCUGUUAA